GGUGUUACUCUCGGCGAACCCCCAGGGACGUCCAACGGCUCUCCAUCAACUGCCUUCCACCCUCCCCCUCUCUCUGUAAAUACCUCAUCCCCCCGAGAAAAACUAGCUCCUCAAUAGCACAAAUGCCCCAUCCUCACUUUCACUCUUCUUGAUCUUCUCCUUCUUCGACCACAACCCGGAGAGAGAUGAUCUCCACGAGAACCUCCACUUUCACAACGCACGGAAUGGCAGAUAUGAAGGAGUCUUGGAUCUCUCUGGCCUCCCACCUGGGCACCCUGGCCUUCUGCCAGAAUUUCCUCCAUGCGGUGCUCCCGCCACACCUCCGCUCCGCCUCCCUCGGGUUCCUGAAGCGGGCACUCGGCUGCUACUCCUCCUACUGCUACUUCGACAUUGCCGAGAUGGAUGGCGACAGCACCAACGAGCUCUACAACGCUGUCCAGCUCUACCUCAGCUCCUUCGUCUCCACCUCCUGCAGCCGCCUCUCCCUCAGUCGCCCCCGCAACUCCGGCACCACCACUUUCGUCCUCUCCAAUGACUGCGUCACCGACGUCUUUGAUGGCGUUGUCGUCCGGUGGGAGCACGUGGUGACGCAGCGCCAGUCCCAGACCUCCUCGGGGCGGCCCCUCCCCGAUCGCGGCUUCACGCUUCGGAUCAGGAAGUGUGACAAGGACCUCAUCCUCAACUCCUACCUGGACUACAUCAUGGACAAGGCCAACGACAUCGGCCGCAACAACCGAGAACGCCUCAUUUACUCUAAUUCGGGCGGCUGGUGGACACCGGUGCCGUUCAAGCACCCGGGCACCUUUGACACGUUGGCCAUGGAGCCAGAGAGGAAGAGGGGCAUCAUGGAGGACCUCCGCGACUUUGCAGCUGGGCAGGCCUUCUACCAGAGGACGGGCCGGGCCUGGAAGCGGGGCUACCUGCUCUACGGUCCACCCGGGACAGGGAAAUCGAGCAUGAUUGCCGCCAUGGCCAAUUUUCUCGGCUAUGACAUCUACGACCUCGAGCUGACCGAGGUGCUCUCCAACUCCGAGCUCCGGAAGCUCCUCAUGAAGACCAGCUCCAAGUCCAUCAUCGUCAUCGAGGACAUCGACUGCUCGGCCAAUCUGUCAAACAGGUCGGAGGCAUCCCAAGCCUCUGUGCCCCGGAGCUCCUCUGACCCCGGCACCCCUGAUGCUGCGUCCAGUGGCAAGGGCGGGAACAACAAGAAGAUCACCCUCUCAGGACUGCUCAACUUCACCGACGGCCUGUGGUCGUGCUGCGGGAGCGAGAGGAUCUUUGUGUUCACCACCAAUCACAUCGAGAAGCUCGACCCAGCAUUGCUCCGGAGCGGCCGGAUGGACGUGCACAUCUACAUGAACUACUGCUCGUACCCGGCGCUCAAGAUCCUGCUCCAGAACUACCUGGGCAGCGAGGCCAAGGACCUCGGUCAGGCUGCGGCAAGGGAGCUGCAAGAGGCGGUCGAGAAGGCCAAGAUGACACCGGCGGACAUAAGCGAAGUCCUGAUCAAGAACCGGAGGAACAAGGAGAAAGCAGUGAACGAGUUGCUGGAGGCGUUGAAGGCGGGAGCGGAGAGGAACGAGAAGCACGGAGAGUUGAAAGAGGAGUGCGAGUUGAGCGGGGUUGAAAUUGAGGAGCGAGAGAAGAGGGCUCGGGAGAGCCCCAAAGAAGGGAGCGACUGUGAGGACGACUCUCGCAGAAAGUGGAUGAUGAAGAGGAGGAGAAGGCAAAAUGAGAGCGAAAACUAGCUCGUCCUUCUCUUGCUCAUUUUAAGUUAAUUUUCUUUUCUUCUUUCUUUUUUUUUUUGUUUAGAAAUGAAAAUAAAAAAAAGCAAAAUUGAUCUGUUGGAAACAGAUCGGGAUUUUGCUUUGUUGUGGGCGGAAUUCUGAUUGGCCAGGGCAAAUGGGAACACAUAUGGGUGUCUAAUAUGUCUCUUGUUAUAAAAAUAGUGAUGGGUUUUUUA